GACUGUCCAUCACCACCUCUUCUAACACCCAUUUGCAAGAUGAUGACCCCUCUUCGCUUCGCCCGCUCUGCCCUCAGGGCCCGUCCCGCUGCUUUCCGCGUGCCUCUUCAGCGCAGAGGCUACGCCGAGGCCGUCAACGACAAGAUCAAGCUUUCCCUUGUGCUCCCUCAUCAGACCAUUUUCCGGUCCACCGACGUCGUCCAGGUCAACAUUCCCGCUGAGUCUGGAGAGAUGGGUGUUCUUGCCAACCACGUUCCCUCUAUUGAGCAGCUGAAGCCCGGUCUCGUCGAGAUCGUUGAGGAGGGCGGUGCCAGCAAGAAGUUUUUCCUUUCUGGCGGUUUCGCUGUUGUCCAGCCCGACUCCCAGCUGAGCAUCAACGCUGUUGAGGGUUUCCCCCUUGAGGACUUCAGCGCCGAGAACGUCCGCGCCCAGCUUGCUGAGGCCCAGAAGAUCGCCAGCGGUAACGGCAGCGAGCAGGACAUUGCCGAGGCCAAGAUUGAGAUUGAGGUUCUGGAGAGCCUCCAGGCCGUUCUGAAAUAGAUAUCUGAUGUACAUAUCCACUCGCGCUUCCCACCUUGAACCUGUAGAAUUAUAACAAAACCUUACGGCUUUCCCGUC